CUGUGACGUCACAAAACAAUUGUUUUUCCCCAAUAAAUGAAUCACCAGACAGAAUUUCAUUGUUUUCAUUAGAGAAUCGGCUGCCUAGCUAGGUUAAUUAACUCGCCAAGAUGUUCUCCAGCGGCCCCAACUACAACAAACUGAAGACAAACCUUCGGUUGUCUCUAAAUCGCCUAAAAUUGCUCGAAAAGAAGAAGGCGGAGCUGACGCAAAAGUCCCGGAAAGAAAUCGCAGAUUAUCUGUCUGCUGGAAAAAUCGAAAGAGCUAGGAUUCGGGUAGAACACAUUAUCAGGGAGGACUACUUGGUGGAGGCCAUGGAGAUGGUGGAGAUGUACUGCGACUUGUUGCUGGCCAGAUUCGGGCUCAUCACCCAAAUGAAGGAACUGGACGUGGGCAUAGCCGAGCCCGUUGCCAGUCUAGUGUGGGUUUGUCCUCGUCUGCAGAGCGACAUUUCGGAGCUCAAGAUCAUCUCGGACAUAUUUGUGGCCAAGUACGGACAGCAGUUCGGAGAAAACAAUCGCAACGCUACUGGAGACCACCAGGUUUCCGAGAAGCUGAUGCACAAGCUAACGCUGCAGGCGCCCCCUAAGUUGCUGGUGGAGAACUACCUAAUUGCCAUUGCCAAAAACUACAACAUCGAGUACGAGCCCGAUCCACAGGUGAUGCAGGAAGAAGAUCCCAAUCCGCCGUACCUGAUUGAUCUAUCGGAUAGGAACAACCUCAGUGGAGGAGGAGGUGGCGCACCGCCGCCUCAAAUGGGCUUUAUCGGUUAUCCGACGGUGCCACCACUUCCCAGCAUGCCAGUGCCACCAACCAAUAAGCCUUUCAACUACCCACCAUUCGGUGGCGGUGCAGGAGGCGGAGGUGGGGCUGCUUGCGCUGCACCGGCACAACCGCCUCCACCAUUUGCCUACAAUAUUCCGCCCAACCAGCCGCCGCAACCACACGUGCUACCGGCGAAGUGUGCCGAGGAGAAGGAUCUGAACACCAACUUCAUCAAUCACGAAGUGAACAUUUCGGAUGGCUCCGGCAGCCCGGAUGAGAACAUUUUGCGCCCCAAACCCGAAAAUGAUCCGCCGCCGCGUUACACCUCGAUUAAUCCCGUAAAUCUGCAGAAUGCCAACAAACCGAAACCUCAACCACGAUUCAAGCUGCCACCGGGUAAUCCGACUCCGCCCAGUGCCCCGCCAGCGCUAGACUUUCCAUCGCUGCCCAACGUUCCCAAUGACUUGCCCGAUUUGCCGGACAUACCGCCCGCAGGACCAGCCAAAAAGGACGAUGACGACGAGAUCGAUUUCGACGAGCUAUCGCGUCGCUUUGAGAACCUGAAGAAGCGGAAGUGAAGCUGGACAGCUGACUAUUUUUUUAAAAUUUUGCAGUAUAUAUUGUUAUAAUCUCGGUCCUGUUCUAUUUAAAUAAUCACACUGAAACUCUGACCUGA